AUGAGGCGGUUAGUGAGCCGCCGAGAUUUGAGCUCAGUGAGAUGGAGCGGCGCGAUCGUCACCGCGCCGGAAGGGGCUUCUUUCAAUGGAGUUACAUCUACUAUCAAGGUGCCUUCGGUCACUGGCCCUAUUGAUGCGGCAUAUUCAGCCUAUGCAUGGAUCGGUAUCGAUGGCUGGGGUGGUCUUAACAAUCUUUUCCAGGCUGGAUUAGAUGUUCGUGGCAUUGAAGCAAUUGAUGGCACUUAUGUGCCCCAAUUUCGGGGAUACUUUGAAUGGUAUCCGGAAGGGGCAAACUUUUCCACGACAGACGAACUUCCAUUAUCGAGUGGCGAUACUAUGCUCGUUCGCAUUGUUGCCUCUUCAAGUACCCAAGGGACUGUCUAUCUUGAGAAUGAAAGAACUGGGGAAUCAAAGAAGUAUAAUUUCGACGAACCAUCUUAUGCCUUAACAGGAAGAUAUGCAGAAUGGAUCGUGGAGGAGUUCAGCAGCAACGCGGUCCCCUCAAACUGCAUCUUCGAAUUUCAAUCCGCAGAGGCUCAAAUGCAAGAUGGACAGACACUCGAUGCCUCUUCGGGCUCUCUUGUUCAGGUUCAGGAUGGAAGGUUGGUUGCAAGCUUUGAUCAUUCAAAUGUCAAAGUCAUUUCUUGA